UUGGUCAAGUGAUUUAGCGCGCUUUCCUGACAGUAGUGGCCGAAAAAGUUGCUAUGUGCUGCGAGGACGAUUUGAGCAAACGGGUUUAGAGUAAUUGAAUCACUUUUACGCAUUUACGAAGCAACGAACUUAGGUAUCGUCGAAAACGAUGGGAAUUCAAGGCUUGUUACCGUUCGUCCAAAAGGCGACGAGGCCAGCAAAUGUGAAAGAGUUCAGCGGGCACAUUGCAGCCGUGGACACCUACUGCUGGCUACACAAAGGCGCAUUUUCGUGCGCCGAACGGCUUGUGAAGGGCGAAAAGACCGAUGCGUAUGUGAGCUACUGCAUGAAGAUGGCAGACUUGCUGUUAGAGUGCGGCGUGCGGCCGAUCUUGGUUUUCGACGGACGGCAUUUGCCAUCGAAGAAGGGGACGGAAAAAAAGCGAAGGGAACAGCGGGAAAUCAACAGACAGAAAGCGAAGCAGUUUCUCAUUGAAGGAAAGAUUCAGCAGGCACGGGAAUGCUACCAGAGAGCUGUUGACGUCACAUCCACCAUGGCUCAUGAAGUCAUUGUGGAGUGCAGAAGGAGAGGCAUUGACUACAUCGUAGCGCCAUACGAAGCAGAUGCCCAACUCGCUUACCUGGCACAAUGCAAGCUGGCUGAUAUCGUCAUCACAGAAGAUUCUGACCUCAUCCUCUUUGGAUGCGAAAAGGUUUUGUUUAAGAUGGACCGAGCCGGGUUUGGCCAGUUGUAUGAGAAAUCGAGACUGGGUGAAUGUUUUGGACAGCUGGCGGACCGCUUUACCCACGACAAGUUUCGGCAGAUGUGCAUCCUUUCUGGUUGCGACUAUCUCCCUUCCCUGCCUGGCAUCGGCUUAGGAAAAGCCAGCAAGUUUUUCAAGCUCAUCACCAAUCCCAAUAUCCGAGCUACAUUGCCCAAGCUUCCAUCGUACCUCAAAAUGCCGGCCCUCUGCGUGGAUGAGCAGUACGUUGAAGACUUCCUCAAAGCUGAGAACACGUUCCGCCAUCAACUUGUGUUCUGUCCCAUCCGGAAUGAACUGGUACCACUGAGUCCCUACGACCCCAAUGUUGACCCCACAGACAUGACCUAUGCUGGACAACAACUUCCUAGGGAGCAGGCUUUUGACAUAGCAGUAGGGAAUAUCGAUGUCAAUACUGGGCAGAAGAUUGACAACUACUACCCAAAGGAUGGGAAGAUACUGCAAGAGAGAAGUAGUCAGGAUCGUAAAGUUAAGCCCAAGAAUGAUGUAGAAGCAAAGGACAAGACUCCGAGAAGACUUGGUGCAUUUGAAGUUUCCGAGCGGAGGUUAGCGCGACCGACAACUCCAAGAACACCAACAAGGCAGCCACAGCGUCCCACGAAGCCUCUUAGUUCAGUGGAAAACAUUGAUGCAGAAUAUGAAAAGCAAGAACGCCCUUGCCAACAACAAGAAGCAAACUUGAUUGGAAGUUGUGAUCGAAGCAGCACAAUGGAAACUUCUCCCGUCCGUCAGAAUGAACCGGGGAAUGUUUUCAAAGCAACGCCGAAGCAAGUUGUUCGUAGCAGGUUUUUCUCAUCGCCAGCGACUCCUCGGUCACCAAACAAAAAGCUUACAGAAUGGCAAAUUCAGCUUUCAAAACCUGUUUCUGAUGGCAGUCAAGUUGUGCCUAGCAAACUCCCACAUAGCAAUGCAUCACAGGGCAAAUUUCAGUGGCGGUCAAGUCUCGUGCCACAGGGGGCUUCAUCCACACCAGUUUCUAAGCAAGCGUCGACACCGUUCAAGCGACUGCGGCUGAGCAUGUCUGCGUUGGAAGGUAGUAGAAAACCUUCAUGCGUCUUCGGCCCAGAAGCGAAAGAACACCGCAAAAGUGUAGGAGAGUUGGAGGCAGAUAACAAUGCUAGUCAGUGUAGUAGCUUUGGCCAGCCAGAGUCCUCAAGUUUGCCAGAACAUAACUUCAGCGAGCCACCAACAUCUAACAGGAGCUCACCCACUAAAAACACAGAUAGCUCACAAGCUGCGCAGCGCCCCAAGUCUCUCUUUGAGGUUCUAGAAGAAAAGCACCGAUCUGCACAGAUGCCAAAUGCCACUUCGCCUCCUGCAAAGUUCAAAAACCCCUUUGCAAAAACACCAACAUUGCCUCCUACGAGAGAUCUCACAGUUCUAGGAUCAGAUGAAGAAGACCCUAUGCCGCCGAGUUGUCGGAAGAUAACAAUGCAAAAAGAUUUUUCUUUGACAAAAAUGCAAAAAGCCACUUUUUCAAUAUUAGAUGAGCUGGAAGAAAGUGAAGAGUCUCCAAUCCCGAAGUUCAAAGGCAGCUGUGAAUCCUCCGAAGCACAAGGAAACUCGUCCCAAGAUUUGGAUUACCCAAAUUCGCUAGAAGAUGAGUCGCCAUGGCCUUCCAGACCAGCAGUCAUACAAGACCCCUGCGCAACUGAUGUGAAUGAAGACAGUGAUGAUGAUGACCUAAUGGUGACUAGUGCCAUCAUUGUAAAUAGACCCCUUGACACACCAAAGCACCUCAUCGCUAAGCCACGAAUUCCAUCGAAGCCCAUCAAGAAAGUACUAUCAAAGCAACGACGCCUUGGUCUUUCGAAGUCUGGUAUGAAGAAGGAUAUCAGCCAACCAAGUUUGUUAGAAAGUCUUGCCAAGUUCCAAUUCAAGAAAUCAUGUGUGUAAAUAAAGUGCAAGCUUUGUAAUGUAUAUGUUUUGUAGACUUCAUAGACAAGAAUCUAUAAAAGGAGCUUCUAGAUAUUGCUA